AUGGCGACCACAUCGCAACAUAAGGGUGCCACACCUGCUGAGCAAGUCGUCGCCGUCCAUCCAUUGGCCGAGUCGCUCUAUAUCGCCGCAGCGAGGUCAUCAGGGCUGCUUAAUCAGGUUCAGAAUGAGAUUGGGCUGUUUCUUUCAGUGCUGAGUACAACUGAGCCACAUGUCCCGUAUAUUCCCAAGGAUAGUGCCCAGGGUGCGAGAUUCAGCAAGACGUUAGACGACUGUCAUCAGGUCUUGCUGGACUUACAACGAUUCAAGGAGAGCCCUGAAGGCGUAGGGCUUCAGAGUCAAAUUUCGGACUUGAGAGACAGAUUAUCGGCUUGUAUGGCUGAUCUUACAUCUUUGAACACUGAUUUGAUGAAGUUCUCGCAAGAAACUGUCGAUCGCAAAUUGCAAGCGUUCAUCGAUGAGAUACAAAUGGGUAUGCGAGAUUCAAAGGUUGUUUUGGACGCCCUGAGCGGGGUUGCCCCCAUAGACGACAGCCCUGAAUGGCGGAAGCUACAACAGGAAUUGGUGACAGUUGUAGGCAUCAAUCCUGCGCUAAUCAAAGAAGACCGCAAAUUCAUUGUGGCCAAGUUGAGAAGUGCUUUCCCCCAGCAGGGAAACCCACCUAGCACUCCUGGCCCAAAGCCUCCUUCUGUCAAACAAGAAACCUCCUUAGUACCUCCAAGAGUCUCUGACGACGGUCAUUCCGACAAAGAAGUUGCACCAUCUACAAACAUACCCAUAUCAGUGGCUCCAGAAGUUGGUGUAGAAGAUUCAGACAAACAAGUAUUGCCCAAUAGGGACCUUCCUAUACUAGUCAGAACCGAGUCCCAAGACCCCUAUUCAAUGAAACAAGCCCUGCCACACGACAACUUCCCAGCACGAAUGGCAGCCACUACCGAGGCACAAGAACCAACGACGCAAUCGCAGCACGCGCCUACACACAAGAAGCCCAGUGACAUGCGCAAACUAUUCUACCAACUCCGCCACGGCCAGCACGAUUUUUUCUAUCACAUCUCAUGGGGCAGUCUACCGCAAGUCAGAAAAUGCCUCGAGAAAGGCGCGAACGUCAAAGUCAUGCAUGAGAACGGAUCCACACCACUAGAAAUGGCAACAUCUUACGGCUACGAGGAUAUCGUUCGCCUACUCCUAGACUGGGGCGCAGAUAUUAAUCAAUUAUCUGCCGGGCGAUUCACUGCACUAGGAAGAGCUGCUGCAAUCGGGCAUAGGGGACUAGUCCAGCUUUUACUUGAGAAAGGAGCAUCAGUUAAUCGCGGCGAUAAAAAGCCGCUCUCUAAAGCUGCAGAAGCAGGAUACGAGGAUAUCGUCCAGAUACUGCUGGCUCUCGGUGCUGAAGUGGAUCUAACAGAUAGUUCUGGUUAUACUGCGCUGGGAUAUGCUGUGAAGAACGGGCACGCGGCUACCGCACAACUUUUGUUGGACAAUGGGGCCAAGGUCGGCAGGUAUUCGAAUAUCAGAGACAGACAUCCUCUUUAUGUCGCUGUUGAGAAGGGCUAUGUGGAUAUGGUACGAUUGUUGUUGGCUUAUGGGGCUGAUCCUCAUGCGAAAAAUUAUCACGGGGUUAGUCCUUUGUCACUGGCUGUGUCGAUGAAUUGGAGCGAGGUCGUGGUAAUUUUUGAGCAAUUCGGUUACUUUCCUGAGUCCAUUGGAUAUACCGCCGUGCAAUAUGCUUAG